AUGGCCGAACCGGAUGCAAAAGCACCGCCUACCGGCGAGGCUUCUGCCGGACCCAAGAAACCUGAGAAGCCUCCGAAUCCCGUCUGGAGGAUGAUGGGCCUGCCAAACCUCCGCUUGAGGCUCCCCUCGCGCAAUUGGAUGAUAUUUCUCUCGAUUACCGGAUCAUGGACUGCGGCAGUCAUGUACGACCGUCGCCAGAAAAAGCGCAUACAACAAAAAUGGGCAACAGUUGUCGAGCACAUUGCACACGAGCCGUUGGACGUACACCAGUUACCUCGGAAACUCACGAUAUUCCUGUCUGCACCACCAGCAGAUGGAAUAGUACCCGCACGCGAUCACUUCCAUGAAUACGUCAAGCCCAUUCUCGUUGCAGCGGCGCUGGACUGGGACGCGGUAGAGGGCCGAAGGGAAGGAGAUGUAAGAGCUGGGUUAGCAGAGCGAAUACGGAAGCUGAGAAAGAAGAGGGGCGAGGCGACCGCUGAGCCGCUAGAACCAGGACUCGAGGAGGAGUUGGAAGGCUUAAGACAACGAGCAGGCGUCAAUGGGUGGAAUGGACCGGGAGGAGACAUCGUUAUUGGAAGACACACAUGGAAAGAAUAUGUUCGAGGACUGCAUGAGGGUUGGCUAGGACCUCUAGAUGCUCCACCAUCAGCAGAAUCGUCUGUCGAGGUACCGGUCGCUGCGGUCGAACCCACACCUGUGUCCACCGAAACGUCGACUGACGACACCACAUCUGCUACGGCCGAUGAUGCGUCACCCACCGCUACUGAGGCUCCCAAACCAGAAGAUGCUGAGAAGCCUAAAGAGGAGGAGACGAAACCCAAGAAGAAGAAGCAACCGCCACCAUACAUCUCAACAGCCGAAUACCAAAACGCCGUGCUCUCCCAAAACUGCCCACAAGCACUCGGCCCCGCCGCCGUAGUACCUCUCCCCCACCUCCUUGGAUUCUUCAACUUUCCCAUCCGUAUGUACCGUUUCUUGAACAGGCGACAAGCGGCGGAUGUUAUUGGCAGGGAAACUGCCGCUGCUGUCCUUGGUGCAUACCGACCAUUUGAGACUGCAGGCGAAGCACCUGUCACAAACGAGGAAGAUGGACACAGUAACGCACAAUGGGAGCAACAACGAUUACUGUCUCAUGAAGAGCCAGAUUGGUCCAAGACUGCACGAAAGCGUGAAGAAGGUGAGACCAAGGAGAGGGUAUGGCUAGACGAAAUGGUGCUGGACCCGAGAAUUGCUGAGCGCAUGCGAAAGUUUGCACUAGAUGCAGAGGUUGAAGCGCGCGCAAAUAGCGAAACUCACUACAGUACGCCUCACAACGAGCCUGCGACACCGUCCGACAAUCCACAUCACGCCGUCAUGGCUUUCCAAUCGAAGAAGCGCCUCGCGCUCGCGAUCCUUGACUUCCUCCAGACGUCGCAGAUCGACGGGUCAGUAGCACCCGACGACGCUGAGCAGCUCGAAGUCGCCGCCAACUGCAUUGCCGAAGCCUUCAAGGUAGAUCCCGCCGACGAGGCCGCAAAGAAGGACGCCAUUGGCGACCAGAACUUGCUCGCAAUCUACAACGUCUAUGAGAAGCUCAAGGGAAAGACGACUGCCACAACCGAGGGAGCAUCGUCGGCCAAAGAGGCCCGACCAGCAACGCCGCAGACACCUGCCGCCGGUUCAGGACCAGGUGGGCCCAAUAAGGAUGAAGCAGAGAGACUCAAAGGUCUGGGCAACGAGGCGAUGAAGAAGAAGGACUACGAUGCUGCCGUCAAGCACUACACUGCUGCCCUCGAGGUCGUUCCGCUCAACCCCAUCUACCUAUCGAACCGCGCCGCCGCAUACUCGGGUCAGGGCAAGCACGAGCUAGCAAAGGAGGAUGCUGAGAUGGCAGUUGCUGCUGAUCCCAACUACUCCAAGGCAUGGUCGCGUCUAGGUCUUGCAAAAUACGUUCUUGGCGAUGCAAAGGGCGCCAUGGAGGCAUACAAGUCUGGCAUGGACGCAGAGGGUGGCGGCUCAGAAGUCAUGCGCAAGGGCUACGAGACAGCCAAGAAGAAGGUCGAAGAGGAGGGCGGAGAUGUCGGCGCGCCUGAAGCUUCUCGAGGCGCCCCUGGCGGUAUGGGUGGUGGAAUGCCUGAUCUCUCAGCACUCGCUGGCAUGCUCGGUGGAGGCGGCGGCGGUGGUGGCGGAGGAAUGCCUGAUCUCGCUGGUCUGAUGCAGAAUCCCAUGAUGAGGCAAAUGGCACAGAACCUCAUGAGCAACCCAGAUAUGAUGAGCAACCUUAUGAACAACCCCAGGAUAGCGGAGAUGGCUCAACAGUUCGGUGGAGGAGGUCGAGGCGGAGGAGGCGGCGGUGGCGGUAUGCCCAACAUGCAGGAUCUCAUGAACGACCCCAACCUGGCCGAAAUGGCCCGUAACUUCAUGGGAGGCGGAGGCGCUGGAGCUGGCCGUGGAGCUGGUCAAUAA